ACCAUCCCUUCCCCGAUCCAGGGGUCCAAGACUCCAAACCCCAGAUCCGCAGUCCACCUCCGUCCGGCCCUGGGAGGCACACGACCCGCGACACUCCGUAGAUUAGGCCCCCUGUCCGAGUCCUAGCGGUGCUAUCGUUGGACUUGCUGUCCGUUCGUGGCGCACCGUCCGUCCGUGUCGUGUACUCCUUUAUAUCAUCCACGAAAACCAGCACCAUGUCCGUCCCGCCUCCCGGAACCACGCCGGCGCCGUCGUCGACGAGCAUCUUCCAGCCCGCCAUGUCGCCCGCCGUCCGCUCCAAGACGGACGAAGGCGACAGCAACGACAGCACCGCUACUUCUACUACUCCCACUCCUACCACCAGCAGCGACGGCGAUGACGCCGAGCACGCGCCCAAGUUCCCCAUGCCCAAGCUCCGCCUCGAGAUCCGCGACCUCGGCCACCCCGGCGCCCGCCUCUUCCUCGACUCGGUCAACGCCACCGACUGCAUGACGGCGGCCGUCGCCAACCUCCUCCGGCUACUAUACGGCUCGCCCACCAACCCCACCACGACGGUCCCGCCGACCCGCUCCGUCACGCUCAUCCUGCGCGACAUGCCCGGCGUCGCCUACACCACGGGCUCCGACCUCGACGACGACCACAAGGAGGUGCACUUCUCGCUGCCCUACCUCGCCCGCGUACCCUCGCCCCGCGGCCCGGACGAGGUCGCCGGCGUCGUCACCCACGAACUUGUCCACUGCUACCAGUUCAACGCCUUCGGCACCUGCCCCGGGGGCCUCAUCGAGGGCAUCGCCGACUGGGUGCGCCUGCGCUGCGGCCUCGUGCCCCCGCACUGGGCGCGUGAUGCCGACGGCGACUGGGACGCUGGGUACCAGAAGACGGCGUAUUUCCUCGAGUACCUCGAGCGCCGACUCGGCGAUGGCUUCGUCAGCCGCGUCAACGAGAAGCUGCGCAUUCAGAGGUACGAGGCGAGUACCUUUUGGUGUGAGCUCACGGGGCACGAGGUCGACAAGCUCUGGGAGGACUAUCGCGAGAGCCUCAAGGCCAGCAAAAACACGACGGGCGGUGAUGCGCCGCAGACAAACAGCAGCAGCAGCUAGCGUCUGCGUCGCAAGAGAAGGAGUGAAUUCAGAUGGCCGCCCCCCCGGGCGACCGCUUGUAUGGGCAUAGAGGCAUGCAUGUUGUUUGCGAUUCGGCUUACAAGCGUACGGCGCAAAGGGUUGCAUAUAAGCAUUCAAAGAAAUAUUGGUAUAAACUGUAAAUCGAGAGAUAGGACGGCCAUUUGUUCGUGGCCAGUGAUAUGAGACCUGAUAUCCAAUA